AUGGACAACAUUGCCGAGGGUUCUUUGCUUGAUCAUGUCUCACGGCGCCUGCAGGCCUUCGUAUUCGUCCUGGGCCUUCUUUUCGUCAUUAGCCGCAUCCGCCAGUUCUUGCGUUUGAGACAUUUCGCCGGUCCCAGCACAACGGGUUUCUCUUGGCUGUGGCAUUCUAGAGCUGUAAUCGGCGGCGAAUCCCCUAGGUACUACGGCCAAGUGUGUGAGAAAUUCGGGCCGAUUGCGAGAAUCGCACCUAACCACCUCAUCACUUCUGACCCAGACUUCUGGAUACGCAUCAACGCCGUGCGCUCCCCGUACAGGCGAUCUCCGUGGUAUUAUCAUGCCGCCCGGUUCGAGACGGGCAAAGACAACGUCUUUACCGAAUGCGACAAUGACCGGCAUGACGCGCGUCGAAAAAAGAUGCUCGCAGGCUACUCUGGCAAGGAGAACCCGACACUAGAGCCUUCAAUUGACCAGCACGUCAAGGAACUCAUAGACUUGGUGCGCAAAUAUGCAUCUCCUGCAGCUUCGACAGGUCCAUCUAUCCACAUGGAUUUGGCAGAGAAGAUUCCCUUCUUCACCUUAGAUGUCAUCAGCCAUGUCAGUUUGGGAGAACCAUUUGGAGACCUGAAAGCCGAUGGCGAUGUCAAAAACUACAUCAAGUCAAGUGAACAAGGCCUGAAGAUUGGUAACACAGCAUUUGCCAUGGGAAUAGCCUGGCUGAAGGACAAGCCUGUUAUCGGGCCUACCAUUAGUCCUUCUGAGAAGGAUACCACUGGUUUUGGCCACAUGAUGGCCCAGGCACGCAAGAUUAUUGUUUCCAGGAGCUUAAGAUCAACCGAGGAAAAGUCCGACAUGUUCGCGUCUUUUGUCCGCCAUGGCCUGGCAGGAGAUGAUCUCUUCCAAGAGGUGUUUGAACAGAUCCUUGCUGGCUCUGACACAACCGCCGCGGCUAUCCGAAUCAUUUUGCUUUAUCUUAUGAAACAUCCUAGAGUAUAUGCAAAGCUGCAGGCCGAGAUUGACGCAGCAGUCGAGAGCGGCAAAGCCCCAGCUUCUCCAGGUAUCAUUUCAGAUGCACAAGCGCGCCAACUGCCGUACCUAGGUGCUGUGGUCCGAGAGGGGAUGCGGAUGCAACCUCCUGUUGCUAACCUCUUUUCAAAAAUCGCCCCGGAUGAAGGGGAUGUCGCUGUUAUCGAAGGAAAAGAAUACUUUAUCCCCGGUGGCACUUUGAUCGGAUACUCAGCCUUGGCAAUGCACCGCAACAACCGAGCGCUUUAUGGGGAAGAUUGCGCCAUAUUCCGGCCUGAACGAUGGCUCAUUGAUUCCGCAGAUGAGGCAGCAAAGGAGCGUCUGGCCAAGAUGAUAAAGACUAACGAUAUGAUUUUUGGCUAUGGUCGGUGGGUUUGCUUGGGGCGUAAUGUUGCGUUGAUUGAGAUACACAAGGUUGUGUUUGAGCUGUUGAGGAACUUUGAUCUGGCCUUGACGUAUCCACUGCAGCCGUGGAAGACGUUCAAUUCGCUUGGACUGUGGGAUAUCAAGGACAUGUGGGUGGAUGUAGUGUUGCGAGAGUGA